AUGGCGCAAAGGUACGAUGAGCUGCCCCAUUACGGCGGGAUGGACGGAGUAGGGGUUCCCGCUUCCAUGUACGGAGACCCUCACGCGCCGCGGCCAAUCCCUCCGGUUCACCACCUGAACCACGGGCCGCCGCUCCACGCCACGCAGCACUACGGCGCGCACGCCCCGCACCCCAAUGUCAUGCCGGCCAGCAUGGGAUCCGCUGUCAACGACGCCUUGAAGCGGGACAAGGACGCGAUCUAUGGGCACCCGUUGUUUCCUCUGUUAGCUUUGGUCUUUGAGAAGUGCGAGCUGGCGACCUGCACUCCCCGAGAACCCGGAGUGGCCGGCGGAGACGUCUGCUCCUCUGACUCCUUCAACGAGGACAUCGCGGUCUUCGCCAAGCAGGUUCGUGCCGAAAAGCCACUUUUUUCCUCAAAUCCAGAGCUGGACAAUUUGAUGAUACAAGCAAUACAAGUACUAAGGUUUCAUCUUUUGGAGUUAGAAAAGGUCCACGAACUGUGUGAUAACUUCUGCCACCGGUACAUUAGCUGUUUGAAGGGAAAAAUGCCCAUUGACCUUGUCAUUGAUGAAAGAGAUGGCAGUUCCAAGUCAGAUCACGAAGAACUUUCAGGCUCCUCUACAAAUCUCGCUGACCAUAACCCUUCAUCUUGGCGAGACCAUGAUGAUGCAACCUCAACCCACUCAGCAGGCACCCCGGGGCCCUCGAGUGGGGGCCAUGCUUCCCAGAGCGGAGACAACAGCAGUGAGCAAGGGGAUGGUUUAGACAACAGUGUAGCUUCACCUGGUACAGGUGACGAUGAUGAUCCAGACAAGGACAAAAAACGCCAGAAGAAGAGAGGCAUUUUUCCCAAAGUAGCAACAAAUAUCAUGAGAGCGUGGCUCUUCCAGCAUCUCACACAUCCGUACCCUUCCGAGGAGCAGAAGAAACAGUUAGCGCAAGACACAGGACUUACAAUUCUCCAAGUAAACAACUGGUUCAUUAAUGCCCGAAGAAGAAUAGUACAGCCCAUGAUUGACCAGUCAAAUCGAGCAGGUUUUCUUCUUGAUCCUUCAGUGAGCCAAGGAGCAGCGUAUAGUCCAGAGGGUCAGCCCAUGGGGAGCUUUGUGUUGGAUGGUCAGCAACACAUGGGGAUCCGGCCUGCAGGUUUGCAGAGCAUGCCAGGGGAGUACGUUUCUCAGGGUGGUCCUAUGGGAAUGAGUAUGGCACAGCCAAGUUACACUCCUCCCCAGAUGACCCCACACCCUACUCAGUUAAGACAUGGACCCCCAAUGCAUUCAUAUUUGCCAAGCCAUCCCCACCACCCAGCCAUGAUGAUGCACGGAGGACCCCCUACCCACCCUGGAAUGACUAUGUCUGCACAGAGUCCCACAAUGUUAAAUUCUGUAGAUCCCAGUAUUGGCGGACAGGUUAUGGACAUUCAUGCCCAAUAG